CACACGUUCUCGCGGUGUAGGCAUACACGCGGGUGUAAAACGCCUGCUUCAUCACUUGCAUCACCACUGUUUGGUCGGCACGGAGGCGGAUUUCCAUUCUGGAUGGUCUGGGCAGCCAUGGCACCUCGAAAAUCUCCUCCCUUCAUCUCCCUUGCCGCUCCGCCUCUGCGUGACGGCAGGGAGGCGAGACAUCCAUGUGGGGGUCGUGUAUGAGCAGAGCUCAUGACUCAGCGGCUGCAAGCUUCCGAGGCAUUACGACACUGACACGCCGUUCGGAUGAGGCGUUGUGCAUACCGCGAUAGACGGAUAAUGGCGCUAUUCGAUGGACCGGAUACGCAAUAUGUGGUCGCUGGAAACUGGCUAGUUUUUUCUUCCUUCCUACAUCCUUCUCGCUUGCGACAAUCACGGCAUCUGGCUCACUGAUAUCGCAGCCCAGUAUGCCACGCGAGGAGCCCACUUCAACGCCACGUGCCGACCUCGACAUGGAUACCAAGAAAGAAGAGCAGGACUAUUCACAAGAGCAUGGAGCUGAAGCUGAUGCUAAAAGAGAGGAGAAAGAUGACAUGGCUAUUGAGUCUUCGGAUGCUUCAGUUACAACGGUUACGGAAGAGCCAGAACCCUCGAAAGCAAGACAACGACCAGUCGAAUUAGAGCGAACAACAACAGUAACGCCCGAGGCGGUCGUUGUUCCCCGUUCGCAACGGCGCGGUCUUCUCGCGCGCUUUGCUCUUAUUCCCGAAGUCGAGAAUCCUACACAUUACCCGCGGUCCACCAAAUGGUUUCUGACUUUUAUCGUCGCCUUCUGUGCUAUGGCCGGACCCAUGGGCUCUGCAGUUGUCAUGCCGGUCCUCAAAGAUAUCAGCGAAGCCUUUGGCGCGAGUGAGACUAUCGCCAACAUGUCCGCCGCCGUGUACAUGCUCAGCAUGGCCAUCUUUCCGCUGUGGUGGAGUUCCUUCUCGGAGAGACUGGGACGGCGAACGAUCUACAUUACUUCGUUUUCUCUCUUUGUUGUUUUUGCAGUACUCGCAGCCAUCAGCACGAGCAUCAACAUGCUGAUUGUAUUCCGCGUUUUCUCCGGAGGUGCUGCCGCCUCGGUGCAGGCGGUGGGAGCUGGAACCAUUGCCGACAUCUGGGAGUCGAGAGAGCGAGGUCGAGCAAUGGGACUAUUUUACCUCGGGCCACUGUGCGGUCCUUUGAUUGCCCCAAUAGUUGGAGGCGCAUUAGGAUCGGGACUAGGCUGGCGGAGCACCCAAUGGUUUCUGGUUAUUUACGGAGGGUUUACCGUUAUUUUCAUCGUCUUCGCUCUUCCGGAAACACUGCAUCGGGGCGAGAAAACGUCCGCCGGCCCGACCGCUCCACGUCUGAGCGACACUAACGAAAAAGCACCAGAUGGGGCUCUCGGACCAAGCAUUACACGCACGUCGACGGUCCAAAAUACCAAAACUCUAAUUGUCCAUAUCCGUCACAUCUUUAUAGAUCCGCUUCGAAUCAUCGCGUGGCUACGCUUCCCGCCCGUUCUACUUACCGUUUACUACGCUAGCAUAACAUUCGGCUGCCUCUAUGUCCUCAACAUCAGUAUCCAGAAGCGGUUUGCCAUGCCGCCAUACUCGUUUUCCACGCUCAUCAUCGGCCUGCUCUACAUACCAAACUCCCUGGGAUACCUCCUAGCAUCCGUCUUUGGCGGCCGGUGGAUCGACUACAUCAUGUUCCGCGAAGCCCGCAAAGCAGGGCGCUACGACGAUAAUGGAAAACUGAUUUUCCGCCCCUUGGACCGGAUGAAGGAAAACGCGUGGCUUGGGGCCUUGCUUUGGCCUGCCUCGUUGAUCGUUUUUGGCUGGACAUCUGAACGUGGAAUCCACUGGAUAGUACCCAUGAUUGCCAAUUUCUUCUUCGGCAUCGGCAGCAUGUUGAUUUUCGCCCUCGUUAACACCAUGCUAACCGAGUUCAUGCCGCGACGCGCUGCAAGCGGUAUCGCGCUGAACAACUUUGUCAGGAACAUUUUUUCUUUUACUGGCGCUAUCGUUGCAGAGCCCAUCAUCAGUGCAAUUGGCAAUGGAUGGAUCAUGACGAUUUUGGGCAUCUGGAGCAUAGUCACGGGGUGCAUGGCGUUGGGUGCUAUGCGAAUCUGGGGGGAAAAGUGGAGAGAGUCUAUGGUCAAGGUUUUGGGAUAAUAAGGUCACAACAGGUGGGAGUUUUACAUUAAUGAGUUACGCAUGUCAAAAGUGCUUGUGUGAGCGUUAUGAACUAGGUUUGGGUUAUUAUAUGCGC